CUGAACGGGCCGAUCAAGAGCACCCAGCUGGAGUGACGCCACUUCCGUGACAGAUUUAUCAACAAUAACAAAAGCGACGAGGAACACUUUGGCGAUCAAAGUGCGAGUCUCCAAAUGACAUGACGUGGAUAAACUGACGGUUAGGAGUUGGUUUGGAUUACAGCGUCCUGUCCCGCGUCUCACGGAGGAGCUGCUCAUUCAGUAGUGCUGUUAUCACUGAGAAGUGCCGUGAGGACGCUGAGCAGAGCCCAGUCUCUUUGCUGGUUUGCAGCCACAUUUUCCGUUUGAGCCCUGACACUCAAAGGACAAAUAACUUUUGUAGUAAAAGUAAACCUUAUUUUAUGGCACAGCUGUGUCUUUGGACCUGUGAGGACAAAUUGCACAGCAGUUGCAUAAGGUGCACGGUGUUGGCCGGUGCAAUGGAAGCUUCUGAAACAGAAGGCCGCACCUUUAUGCAGGUGAUCAGUGAGAAGUACAGCCCGGAAAACUUCCCUUGCCGUCGGGGUCCAGGCAUGGGUGUCGUGGUUGUGCCGUCUGGACAUCAGGGAUCACCUAGGAAAGACCGUCUGAACCUGCCCAGUGUUCUGGUUUUGAAUGGCUGUGGAAUCAGUCAUGCAGGAGAAGAGGGAGAAAUCGCUGCCUUCUGUGCUCAUGUAGUUGAACUUGAUCUGUCCCAUAACAAGCUCCAAGACUGGCAUGAGAUCAGCAAGAUUGUUUCUAACAUCCCGAACCUGGAGUUCUUGAACCUCAGCUCUAAUCAGCUGAGUGAUGCAGUCUUGGAGCCGGACUGCGCAAAGGCCUUUUCUAGCAUCCGCCACCUCGUUCUUAACAAUACCCAGGUGUCCUGGGACACAGUGCACACAUUCACACAAGAGAUGCCUGAACUAGAGGAGGUGUUCCUGUGCCUUAAUGAGUACACCACUGUGACACCGGCCGCCAUGCCCUUCCCCACACUGCGUCUGCUUCACAUCACAGAUAACAGCCUCCACGAGUGGAGUGAAGUACGAAAAUUCGGCUCCAUGUUCCCGGCACUGGACACUCUGGUCAUGGCCAACAACUACCUGAGCUCCAUUCAAGACUCGGGAGAAAUCCUUCAGCGGCUCUUCCCUAACCUUCGAAGAAUCAAUCUGCACAACUCAGGGCUUAAUCGAUGGGAGGACAUUGAGAAACUGCCAUCAGUGACCUGCCUGAAUGGGAGUGUCGUGACGGAUGCCGAGAGAGAAGACGCUGAGAGAUUCUUCAUCCGUUAUCACUUGGAUCAUUCAGAGGAAGAGCUGCCCCACAGAUAUCACUGCUUGGUGACCAAAUAUGGGAAACUGGCUCCUCUGGCUGAGAUCGACCUGAGACCACGUUGCCAUGCCAAAGUGGAGGUGCGCUAUGAAGACAAAGUGGAGCAGGUGAGCAUCCGUUUGGACCAGACCGUCGCAGGGCUGAAGAAGCAGCUGAGGACUGUUGUGCAGCUCCCCACCAGCAACAUGCGCCUUUACUACAUCGACAAGGGUUCUGCCUUUGGCCCCGACGAGUUGAAAUACAGCACACGGGCCUUGCACUCUUACAGCAUUCAAGAUGGGGAUGAGAUCCUGGUAGUUCCCAAAACAAAAUAACCGUCUUUCUUCAGGAUCACAAAAAAGCUAUAUUUAAAUAACCAAAUCCACUUUGAAUUAGCGCCAUCUCAUUUCCACAGAGCGAAUGGGACUGUCUUUCAGGGAAAAACUUCUUGGAUUUGCUGGGGCUUUAGUUCGGCACAUAAGAAACACCAUGUGCACCUUUGGUUUUGUUGCUGUUAUUAAAGGUUUUCUUUUUGUCUUCAGACUUCAUGAGCACCCCUGUAUUUUCAAACGCCUGUUUCUUCAAGAAUAAAGCACAGCACAGGGCUCUGGCAGCCCAGGAUGUGCUUUUUACAGAUUUUAAGACAAUCACCCAUAGCUGAAAGAAAAUGUUGCACUGCACUGAUGUCUUAAAGAUGAAAUCAUGGAUAUCCAUUGCCUACUGAUGUGUGUUGUAUGCUGUCAGCCGUUAAUUACAUGCAAAAGACUCUCAGGCCUUAUAUAUUAUAUGGGCAGUGCUAGAUUCACAUGAGGAAAGAUUUGCAAAGCAUCUUAUUCACAAAUGUUUUUAAAUGUCCAGUUCAAUUUUAUAAUCUGAUUGAAGAAUCCAGAAGGGAAUUGCGGCGUCGCAUGCAUUUGCUAUUUAAUGUGGGAUUUAUUUUUAUUUUUUUUCCUUUUGAAUAUUUCUAUUAGUACUUUCUCUGCCGUUUUGGAAGUGGGCACUCAAACUUGUACCUCCAAUGCAAAGCAUAUGCUGAGAAAAGUGCUUAUCUUCAUUUCAGUUGUAUCCAUAUUAUGGAGUGUGUUUAUUUUUAUAUUUUACUCGCAGAAUAGUGAGAUCUGUUAAGUGGCAAAACAUCAGUCCACCAAAGAUUGUUAUGAUUACAUACACGUAUUAUAUAUAAUAUGAUUAUUCACAGUAUUUAUUAUUGAUUUACUAAUUGGUGUUAUUUGUUAAAAACAAAACAAAACAAAUCAAUAGCAAACCAAUCAAUGUGUAUGACUCUAUCCGGCCAGCAAAACAUAAGCGGGAAAUUUGGCUCCUAUGUUAAUUUAAAAGAAUAGUUCACCCAAAAAUGAGAAUUUUUUUGAAAAUUUACUCACCCUCAGGCC